AGUGAUGAAGAAUUCAAAUACACACGCGCACACACACACACACACACACACACACACACACACACACGGUCACAGCUGUUUUUCAGUCCAGGUCUAACUGAAUUUGCACAAUCAUGAUGCCCUGUUUCGUUCUCUUGCUGUUUUGGGGGAUUUCAUCCUGCUCUGCUAACAUCGUCCUAACGGUGGGCUUGAACUUCAGAUUGCCCUGCCUUUAUAAUUCAGACCUUCUAUCUGAGGAGUACUCAUGGAGAUUUGCACCUCAGACAAAUGAAGACCCAGGAAACCAGAACCUCACUUUUUCUCCACUGAUUGGCAUAGAUAAUGAGCUGGUGCUAAAUCCAGUGGAGAACCGUCACGCUGGAAUUUAUGAGUGUGUGGUUUAUGGGUUUUCUAUAAAUGGACGCAUAAAGGUCAAGAAAAGUUUCAAAAUCUCCGUCAUUGAUUCCACACAGGAGAUCAAAAUAAAGCUCUUCGAAAAAACUGAGGGCGAAUCCAUCAAGCUUUCGUGUCUUUUCUCUCAGGAGUCGGUCGACAGCUUGCAGUCUGCUGAUAUUACAUGGUUUAAGAUAAAAGAUGCAGAAAGCUUCGACAAGGAGAAGCUCACACCUCUGCUAAGAGACCAGAGCAUUAUUAAUGAUGAAGAGCAUGAAAACAAGACAGUGAAUUCGCUCAGAAUGGUUUACAGUGCAUCUGGUGUGAACGAAUCGGUCUGGUCUAUUGAACUGGACAAACUGGAAUUAGAUGAUCAAGCUCUGUACCUGUGUGAAAUCAAAAGAAAUUCUCAGACGGAAAGGGUUUACAUGGAGCUUUUGGUGAACCCUGCUCCACCUCCUCUCUGUUUUAACCAAUCACACGCUUGGGAGGCGUGUCCUGAUCCCGACAGCAAGUCAACCCCUGCGAUUGUUAGGGAGUCUCUGACCCACUUCUCCCUCAAUCUUUAUAAAAAUCUCAACCAGAUGAAUCCUAAAAGUAACCUGCUCUUCUCACCAAUCAGCAUCGCUAUGCUGCUGUCUCACCUGCUGCUGGGGACUCGAGGAGAGACGAGAGAUGGUCUGGAGCGUAGUCUUUCCCUACCCGUUCAUUUCUCCUGCAUUCACUCUGAAAUGAAGAAGCUGAGAAGCAAGACCAAGGACUCGAUUCUCAUCGCCAACCGGAUAUUUUUCCACCCUGACCUCAAUCUCCUUGACAUUUUCGUCAACCAAUCACAGGAGUUCUACGACUCCGUGCCCCAUAAACUGACCAAUAACAGUGAGGCGAACACUAAUCUGAUCAACAGCUGGGUAGCAAGUCAAACGCAGAACAGAAUAAAGGAGCUGGUGGAUUCCGUCGAUGAAGAGACCCAGAUUAUUUUACUCAACGCUGUUUACUUUAUUGGUAAAUGGAAGACAGUGUUUGAAGUCAGAGACGGAGAGUUUACAACGUUUUCAGGAGAGCUGCUGUCCGUACCCACUCUCUACAGCUCCAACUAUAAUCUGGCCAACAGUUACAUACAAGAAUUCAAAGCCCAGGUGGGAAAGUUCCCUCUCUCGGGGAAGAACAGUUUGUACAUCAUGCUGCCGCUGUCGGAGAGUGAAAGGCUGAAGGACAUGGAGGCAGCGCUGACUGAGAAUAACAUCCGAAUGAUGGUGAAGGAAAUGUCCUCUAUCGUCCCUACCAUCUCUGAGGUCUUACUGCCCAAAGUGAAGCUCCUAGUGAACACUAAUGUCUACCAGCUUCUCAAGAAACUAGUGCCACCAAGUUUAUUUGAUGACCCUAACCUGUGUGGAAUGUUUGAUCAGAGCAGCUCCGUUCCCCUGAAUGAAGCUCGUCAUCGUGCGUUCCUGUCCCUCACUGAGAAAGGAGUGGAAGCUGCGGCCGCCAGCAGCUUGUCAUUUUCACGCUCCUUCAGCAGCUUCAGUGCCAUGAGGCCUUUUAUCCUGAUCCUGUGGAACGAGGAGAUCAGCAUCCCGCUGUUCAUAGGCAAAGUUCUUUAUCCGGAGAAGUAAAACUAACACAGAGCUUUCGCUUGUUUCGUUAGCUGAGGAUUUACACAACAAACGUGUAUCAUCUUCAUCCUCAUCUACUACUGCAAUGCAAUAAAUUCUACCAAUCUA